UUAUUUUGGCCGUCGUGAUUUCUAGGCGCGGAUAAAUUUUUGGCUCCGGUCGAUUUGCGCUAAAUUCGAAAACAGCAUUUCAAUAUUAUUUUACGACUAAUUCGGAAACACAUCCGCGACUCGCAGUAUAAAAACACAAGAACAAAAACAAAAGUUUUUAAUCGAAAAUUUAAAACGUUCUUUUACAAAAAACAACAAUCGCCGGCGGCGUCGCGUUGCGAUAUAUCAAGCAAAAAAGUGUUUCGGGGCCAAUGCUGCAUGAAGGAAAAAAACAACGACAACUUCAACAACAGCAAUAACAGCAACAACAUCUUGAGUUGUGUUCAACGAGCAAAAACGGAAAACGGCAAACGACGACAAAAGGAAACGCAGCUGUCUGGUCCAAUACUGAGGCAAUUUUAACAACUCUCCGCGGCACACAAAUCCUUGGACUCCGGCGCCAGGCGAACUCGCGAGCGCGAAUAAUUGAAUCAUAAAAGACAGACGAAGACGACAAGGAAGAAGGACGACGAAGCGAGCAAGCAAAUCGUAGCCAACUUCGGUGGCAGGAAAUGUUAACAAAGCCAAGCAAAUAAUUGUUGUAGGAGCCAAAAGGAAGCGGGAACGGGAAAGAGGAAAGCAGAAAGGGAGCAGACAGGAAGGAGGUAGGAGCUGAGAAAUGACAGCCGCGCUGCUUUAAUUAAAGCUGCUGCGCGGAGGAGGCGCGUGGAGCUGGCAAAGAACAACAACAAUAGCAAGAAAAGAAAAAAAAAAAGAAACCGAAACGCAUAAAAAGGAAAAAAGGAAAUUGAAACGCAAUGUGGCUGAUGCCGCUCUGGACUGUGGACAACAGAACAAAGUGGACGAAAUUGCUUUUGGAACUGAACGAGCAGCGUUUACCGGACAGCGGCGCGCGGCAGACCGUGGGACAUACAUCAUUUUGAUUACAUUUUACCUUUUUUUAACGACUGACACGCAACUCAAAAAUUAGCCAAGCAACCAAAAAAAAACAAACAACAAGCCCCAAAACGACGAGAUCAAGUUAGAAGAGUUGUAGUGCGAACGAUUCCCUGCGGAAUUUCACGCAUGAAAUAACAGAAGGAGGCAGCGCACUCAGUUUUUGCAUGCUGCUGCUGCUGGAAGAAGGAGAAGGAGCCAACGCCCAUCAACAGCUACACAUGAACACGCCGCUGUGACAGGACGAGAGCACACGAGGAGGAGCAGACACCGGCACAAUUUCGUCAACUGCAGCGAGCGAGCAGUGUCAGCUUCAGGCCAUCAACGCAGCACCUCAUCUCACCAGUUCAUCCCUCCACUACAAUUGCUAGACCAGCAGCUGUUACAGUUACAGUUGCAGUUGCUCUCGUCAUCUGCUGUUGUCACUGGGCGAGCGCGGGCGAAGAGUUAAGACCAUAAGCAUACUAACUAACCCCCCUCAACAGCAAUCAUCAUCCUGAAAACCCAAACCCACAAUCCCUUUACUGUCACCAGCAACUCGCUACCAACUAACAAACAGCAGGAGCGCCGCAUCCGCAACCGGAGACGGAGCCAGAGCCAUAGAAGCAUAUCCCAAUGAAUCUGCUGUGCUGUUGUUGUUGCAGUAAUAUGGCACCGAACCAGCGCGUCACACGCAAAUGGGAACUGUUUGCCGGACGCAAUAAAUUCUACUGCGAUGGAUUGCUAAUGUCCGCACCGCACACGGGUGUCUUCUACUUGACGUGCAUCCUGAUUACUGGCACCAGUGCCCUCUUCUUUGCCUUCGACUGCCCAUUUUUGGCGACGCGCAUUAAUCCGGUGAUUCCCAUCGUUGGAGCCGUGCUGUACUUCUUCACGAUGAGCUCCUUGCUGCGCACAACCUUCACGGAUCCCGGCGUCAUACCGCGUGCCUCCAAUGAUGAGGCUGCCUAUAUUGAAAAGCAAAUUGAAGUGCCAAACUCACUGAACAGCCCCACAUACCGACCGCCACCGCGCACCAAGGAGGUCCUUGUCAAGGGGCAAACGGUCAAGCUGAAGUAUUGCUUCACCUGCAAAAUCUUUCGACCACCGCGCGCCUCACACUGCAGCCUCUGCGACAAUUGCGUGGAUCGCUUUGAUCACCACUGUCCCUGGGUGGGAAAUUGCGUGGGCAAGCGAAAUUAUCGGUUCUUUUAUUUGUUUCUAGUCUCACUGGCAUUUUUAGCCGUAUUUAUAUUCUCGUGCUCUGUGACGCAUUUAGUUUUAUUGAUGAAAACCGAACAGGAGGUCUUCGAAGUAAUAAAGAAGGCGCCAUUUACUGUGAUUGUUGUGUUCAUUUGUUUCUUUUCGAUCUGGUCGGUGAUCGGGUUGGCUGGAUUCCAUACAUACCUGACGACCAGCGACCAGACAACGAAUGAGGAUCUCAAAGGAUCGUUCUCGUCGAAGGGCGGGCCACGCACCCAGAAUCCCUAUUCCCGAGGCAACAUUUGCCUGAACUGUUGCCACAUAUUGUGCGGUCCCAUGACGCCCUCGCUGAUCGACAGACGCGGCAUUGCCACAGACGAGUACAUACAGCAGAUGCAUCAUUCCAGCCCGCGGCAUGCACUAAGCGAUGUCAUCAGCGCCUCGCAAAUGGUGACCACAGCACAGCCGAUGAUGGGCGGUGGCAUGGGCGUCAUCGGUGGCAUCAGUGGAGCGGGCGGUGGCGUCAACAUUGGAGGCGCUGGCGUCGGUGGAGAGCUGAAGCCGCGCUUCUACGAUGAGUCGAAUCCCUCCUCCUCGACAUUGGAGAGCAACGGUGUGGCCGCUGCAACAACUGGAGCAGCCAAUGGCCACGGACAUGGCCAUGGGCAUGGUCACGGGAACGGCUUCGACCGACCACCCAGCUAUGAUACGCUCCAGAACGGUAAUUCCAAUAGUUUAGCCCAGCUAGUUGACAACGAAAUUCCAUUGGCCCAAAUGGAUAUGCCGUCGUACAGCCAGCAGACAGCAACACAGAGCCGUCAAUUCCGGCACCACAAACAGCGACAGUUGUCCAACGGCGCCUCAACUGGAGGCGGCAUCGGUGUCGGCGAUUUGGCCUAUGAGAAUCAACUGGCGGCAGCGGGCAGUGAGGAUGAGCUGGACAAUGCUGAUGUUGUUGUGGUGGGCGGCAACGAGGUGGUUGCUGCCGUGGCCGCCAUCGCUGCCUCGAGCAAGGCGCGUGAGAUGCGCAACCGCAACCGCAGUGGCAGUUACAGCAAUCUCUUUGACGUCGACUUUGAUGCAGCGGUCGUCAAUUCACCGCUCUCCGACAACCACAAGUCGUCGUCCGGUGCUGCGCUACUCGCUGCUGCCAUCAACGGUGACCAACAUCCGCUUGCCAAGUCCGUUUCCCAGACGGAGAACAUGUACAGCAAUGUGCCGCAGGUUGCAAACUCAACGCCCACAGAUGCCACUCUGCAUGUCUACUCAAACAUCAUUGAUGAGCGUGCCCAACAGCAGCAGCGACAGCAAUCCGAGCAGCUGCAGGCCACGACAGUGCUGUCAUCAACGUUGCUCAGCGAUGAUCUCGAUCUAGAUGAUCCGGUGAGCGCAUCCUUUGUGGGCGUCGGCGGUCAUCAUCAUCAGCAUCGAAAGACGGCUGGAGAUGGCGCUGAGCAGGCCAAGUCAGCGGAUCGUUUGCGUAUGCUGCAUGACACCACCAUGAUUGACACGGCACUCGAUCUGGACAGCCUCGAUGGCUCGAGCAUGGGAAACAACUCACAGUCCUGCCUGGUGAAAAAUGCCAAAGCCACCUCCAAUUCUGCCGGUGUUCCCAUUGUCUAAGCUCAAUUCAAAACGCUUCAACUUCAACUAUGUACCCCACUGUAAAUAGCCAAUAUUUACCAUUGAGCUUCAGCUUUUAAUUAGAGAGUUAACACACAAAAAACAAAGGCUAUCGAGUAUUAUGGCCAAAUCGCUGUUAAUUUUAAAUGAUUUUUAAAGCAAAUUUCGAAACAAAGUGCGGACACUUGAAAAGCAAAUCAACCUAUCAACAAAAAUAAAUGGGCAACUAAAAUAUUACCUUAAGGCGUUACGCAUUCAUAAAAGUAAAAACAUAUAUAUGUAUAAAUCAGAUUAUAAAACCCAGAGAGAUAAACAAUAUAAAUAAAAUACAAAUACAGAUACAAAUACAAAUACAUAUGCAUAUAUACAAAGGCAAAAAACAAACAAACAAAAUAAAAUGAAAACGUGGUGAACAAUGUUAACAAUUCAGAAGCAUUAAAAAUGAAUGAAUAAACUAAUACUACUUAUACUAUAAUUAACUGGAAACUGUUUAUACAAUACACACACACACACACACACAGACAUACAUACAUACUUGUAUAUGGUUAGUUUUAGCAUUUAGUUUUCGUAUAUUUAAGUUUUUACACCGACAAGCGACGAGCGUGUUCCGUUCUUCAGAGUUUAACAAUUAACAACUUCAACGGAAAAUCGCAUGCAAUAAAUAAAAAAAAAUAUAUAUAUAGAGAUAUAUACAAAUAGAUAUAUGUACGAGUAUGUUAAUCGUGUUACAAAGAGAAAUGAUUUAAACAAAGAAAUACACCACAAGAGAAAUGUUAACAGACAUAAGAAAUUUAAACAGAAACCGAAAGCAGACAAAAAAAAAAAAAGAAAACAGUGUGUGACGUAUUAAUUGUUUAUUUACACAUAAGUAUAGUAUGUGCGUGGUGUAUCGUACAAUGUUAAAUGAUAAUGAUAAAUGAAUUAAAUUGAUAGCUCCGAUAUGGAAAGUGGGGAGCGAACGUGUUAAUAAGAGUAUGUUAUGCGAACUAACGAACUACAAUUAUACAAAGAAUACAAUUUAUAAAUAGAGAACAUGAACACAACCGUCUUUUAUUUAUAGGCGUCAAUUGUUGCAAUUUAUUUCGACAAUUGGAAAUUUAUACAUUUAUGGAAUUUGCAUAGUAGAUUGUUACGGAAUUAACAAUUUCUACAUUACCAUGGUCAUGUGCCUCCAGCUUAAUUAAGCUGCCAUCAAUCAAAUGUUAUUAUUUGAACAGUUGCUAUUAAAUUGAGUUCUACGCCAACACUUUCCGUCGUCGGUCAUUUGAGUAAAAAAGCUCUUCAUUUUAUUUUACGUUUUUUUAUUAUUACAAAAGAUUAGACGACAUGCAUUGUUAUAACGGAUCCUCUCAAUACAUAUACAAUAAUGCGUUUUAGCUGAAGACAUUGCAGGUGCAUUUAAAAAAUAUUUCUUUUUAUUUGUUUUUUGUCUGUCUUUUCGUAAAAUUACAAAAUUGUGCUUACGAUUUCCCGUCGCUGGUAAAUAAAUAUAUUUAUUACAAUUAUUAUUAUCAAAUAUUCGGGGAUCAAUGGGUGAGAUUUCAAGACAGGGUUUUUUCGGGAUUUACAAUAUUAAUCUGAAUUUAAUACGUCGGACCUGUUGGAUAAUUAUUUACAUUUUAAGUGAAAUUAAUUGUUAAGUUCAGCUGCCAAUUAUUUCUUUUUGGUACGGAAUAUUGUGCAUUUAUUUACUAUACAUUGCCCAUAAAUUAGCGGCACGUUUCAAACAUUUUUAAAUAUGAACAUAUUGAUAAGUACUUAACACAUAUCUCUGACAAUUUAAAGAACUUAUUAAUGGUAAACCAAAAAAAUUAUAAUUGUGUUACCAGUAACGUGCACAGAGCUUGAGCAUACAUAUAAGCAAAAGAUUAGCGAAAGAUUAGAGGGAAGCGCUUGAAUUCCCUUUUCGUUUUUUUGGGUAUCUGGAGCUCAAGAGAAAUUACUACAAAAUUAAAUAAAAAAAGGGUAAAACAACCACUUAAAUUUAAUUCUACUCUUUAUUCCCAUUCAUCAUUCUCCGUUCGCAUUUGUAAGUGUGUAAAUAUCUUUCUCACAGUGUGUGCGUGGCGUUCCGAUGCACGUGGCAGAAGUGCGAAGCGAAGCAGUGUAAUUAUUUAUCGGCGAUAACGUCCCAAAUACGCCCGGCAGUUGGGGCAAGUGUGAUGCACGUCCAUGCAAUCGUCAAUGCAACAAGGUAUAAAGCAGCAACCCAUCCAGCAACUGUAAUUAACAAAGAUUCUCGUUAAGACGACGUGUCCACCAAAUGUGGUUGAAUCGAUUCGCAACGAAUCGAGAUGCUUACCCAAGCAAUGCGAUUACAAAACCAGAUAUAUAGGCAAUCAUGCCCGGUUCCGAGCGUGUCGAUGUUUCAAUCUCCGCAUGGCAUGAAGGGCAUAUCAUGUGUGUCGGUGAGCGGCCAAUGGGAACCACGGUCGUCAAUAUAUUUGUGUUUGCGGUUGUCGGGGCGGCAGUUGGCGUGAUAACGUGGGUCCAUCCCACCGGCUUUACUCCUCCAACAGCCUCAUUAUAAGAUGGUGGUGCCGAUGGCGGUGGAACGUAUGUGAAUGGUGGCGCACUGCCCGAAGACUUGUCCAUAUUGUCCUUAAAAUGCAGUUGCGUCAAGAGCUGCAGAUAUAAAAUAAAA